UCGUUUGACAACAAAGCUCUGAUCCUCUGGACUCACGCGGAGCUGCUUAUUAUUGCUUAUUAUUGCGUAUUGAUGGUCAGUUGAUCGGCUGCUGCACAGACUGAUCAGACGCUGGAAAGACUUUGCUUCUACUUCCGGUCCGGUCCCGGUUGGACUUGUGAACAUGUCUGAGGAGCAGACGGUGUCCCUGGUGGAUGUUCUGGAGGAAGAUGAGGAGCUGGAGGAAGAAGCUUCAGCUGUUCUGGCAGGAAGUGACUCCGAUCACUGCUCCUACCCCCAGGGCUAUGUGAAGCGUCAGGCUCUGUACGCCUGUAACACUUGUUCACCAAAAGGCGGAGAAGCAGCAGGAGUGUGUUUGGCGUGUUCAUAUAAAUGUCAUGAAGGUCACGACCUCUUUGAACUCUACACCAAGAGGAACUUUCGUUGUGACUGUGGAAACAGGAAGUUCACAGAGCUGCAGUGUAAACUCCAUCCUGAUAAAGACGAGGUCAACACUCUGAAUAAAUACAGUCACAACUUCUUUGGAGUUUACUGCACCUGCAGUCGACCUUACCCCGACCCCGACGACCAGGUGGAGGACGAGAUGAUUCAGUGUGUGGUGUGUGAGGACUGGCUGCAUGGCAGGCACCUGGGCCGUGUGGUUCCCGACUGUGUCGAGCUGCAGGAGAUGAUUUGUGAGCUGUGUAUGAAUAAAAAUGAUUUCCUCUGGACCUACGCUGAUCUCCUGGCAGUCUCAGGUGCAGCGGCUCAGGUGAAGGAGGAAACAGGAGGAGAAUCAAACACAGACGCUCGUGACAAACCACAGGUGGAUCAGGUGGAUGAUGUCAUCGAGCCCGGCAGCAAGCGCAGCCGCGAGGAGGCGGAGUCUAGCUGCAGACUGAAGGAACUGCCGAGGAUUGGUCAGACCAGACUCCGGGCAGGCGCUGUGUUCUGGCCGUCAGGGUGGCGCUCCAAACUCUGCUCCUGCACCACCUGCCAGGAGCGUCUGUCUCAAGCGAAUCUGUCCUUCUUAUUGGACGAGUGCGACACCGUCCUCGCCUACGAGAGGAAAGGAAAGAACAGCGAACAGACGCAACCAGGACACGACCCUCUGAUGUCAGCACUCGACAACCUGAACCGAGUGCAGCAGCUGGAGAUCAUCCACGGAUACAACGACAUGAAAACUGAACUGAAGGAUUUUCUUCAGACCUUUGCAGCUGAAGGAAAGGUCGUGACCCCUGAAGACAUCCGUCAGUUCUUCGAGCAGCAGCAGAGUCGUAAGAGAAGGAGAGUCGACGACGGAAGUUUCUACUGCGCCUGAUCACCUUUAACCUUUGACCUCUAUUGAACCAUGUGAUGAGCCUUGGCCUGUCCCUGAUCUCGUGUGACAUCACUUCCUGUCGAUCAGCUGAUUUUUGUGAUUUCUGGUCACUGUUUUUUAUUGUUUAUUUGAAGCUUUGAGACACUGAACGUCCUGUUUUUAAUGUUUGUUCCAGAGGUCAAAGGUCACUAACUGUAAUGUUUAUUUGUGUUUUUCUUUAUAAUGAAAAUCAAUAAAACUGAACCACAAAACCAA